GGUUCCGGCAGUUCCUGCGCAUUCGGUGUAGAAAGACUGGCAGCACAGCAGCUGAGGGCGCAGCCGAGCCUGACUCAGGGCUGACUGAGCUCCAGACAGAGCCUGAUGGCAGCCCAGAUUCGGCUGAGCGCUCAGAAGACUCUGAGACCUCAGAAACUGAAACCAGGGAAAAGGCUCUUCUCACGUCAAUGACUGAGCAUGUGGCCAUCACAAACAAUGACAAUGAAGAGACUCAGGGCCUUAAAACUACUGGCACCAGCCCAGAUUCACUGGAGCACUCAGAAGACUCUGAGGUUGCAAUGAAUGAUCACAGGGCAAAGGCUGACAUGGCAAUGACUGAGGAUGUGGCCAUCACAAACGCCAACACCGCAGAGACUCAGGGCCUUGCAAAUACUGACACCACGCCCACUCCCACUCUGAGUCAGGAACUCAUAUUCGACUAUUUCAAGGAGCCUUGUGUUUCUUCUCACCAGCAGCAGCAGGUGCCAGCCAAGGUGGAGAACAUCCACCAGAGUCUCAUGUCCCACGUCUCUGUGGAUGCCAGGCUGCAAACGGACAUUGUGAGGCUGGCAGAAGAACACCCUGCUGACGUGGUGCUGACCCUCCUGUGCUGUGCCCCAACGUGUGACAGAGCUGCUGCAAUGAUGUGGAAAGCCAUAGGCACAUCGGGACCAGCACUGGAGAAUGCGCUGCCAACACUGCUCUGUGUGAUGGAGGACUGGCCUCUGCACAGAAUGUGCACCUCUGAUGGGGACAACAAGGACGUUUUUGCCCUGGCUGCAACUCUGGUGAUCUGGCUGAUUGUCCAAGUGCCUGAGUGCCACAAGGCGAUCAUCCUUUAUUCCUCCCGCCUGUUUGUGGCUCUGCUCUUCCAUGUUGUCAUCACCACACAGCAGAUGCCACCAGAGGAAGUUGAUAAUUUCUGGAGUGCAUGCCAGGAGAAACACCGCCUUCCCAGCAAGCCCAACAGGUUUGUAGUGCAGGCCAUGAAGGCUCUGCUCUGCCGACUGCAGUGUGACCAUGUGGUGGUGGCUAUGGAGCGCAAGUGUGGCUGGGACAUGCUGCUGUGUGCUUACACCCAGCACUAUGCCGUGGGUCUGCUGGCCAGGGAGAUGCUCCAUGCUUUGAUCCCUUUGUGUUCUCGCAUCGCACUCCACUUGCUCCGGCAGCUCAGCAGGGAGGAGCCGUGCUGGGAUCUGCCUGCCCUGGCAUUCCUUGUGGAGGUGAGCCUGUUGGUCAGUGCUUCCUCGCUGAGCUGCCUCCCAGCUCUCUGUCCUUGA